CGAUUUCUCAUUCUCAUCAUUCUCAUCCUCAACUUGACUUCAUUUCUCAAUAGUUCCUUAAACCAACAAUCAAACCAACUCAUAAUAUGUUAGAUUCGAUUUGGUUAUCAAGUUCAUCAUUAUUAUCAAAUCAAUCUUCAUCAACUUCUUCUUCUUCAUAUCUUCAAGAUCUAAUCACUCCCAAUCAAAUCAAAUUUCCAAUUUAUCAUUUUCAUCGUGAAGAAGUCAUCCCGGGAAUAGGUGAUAAUGUCUUAUCAUUCACAGUCCCAUUAAUCACUUAUUGGGUAGUCUCAAUCUUUUUUACUUUAAUCGAUUAUCUUCAAUUACCUUUCAUUGAAAAGUAUAGAUUACAUGAGCCAAUUGAAGUUAGUUCUAGAAAUCGAGUGACUCCUACUGAAGUCAUUAAAGCUGUUCUUAUUCAACAAUUCAUUCAAACGGCUUUAGCUAUCUUGGUCUUAGAUGAAACUGGAUCUAUCUUGAAUCGUGACUAUUUAUCAGAAAUGAAACCUUAUGCUUUACCAGUAGCUACUUUGAUUCGGAUCAUUCUGACUCCUAAUCAUGCUAAAUGGGUCUUGACUCAUUAUGGUCGUGAUAUCACCCAAUGGGCUUAUUGGUGGGGUGUUCCUAUCAUUCAAUAUCUUUGGGCAUCAUUCAUUAUGGACACUUGGCAAUACUUUUGGCAUCGAGCUUUCCAUAUCAACCAAUUCUUAUACAAACACAUUCAUUCAGUUCACCAUCGAUUAUAUUGUCCUUACUCAUUUGGUGCACUUUAUAAUCAUCCAUUAGAAGGUUUUAUUUUAGAUACACUUGGUGCUUUGGUGGCUCAUGCUGGUUCUGGAAUGUCAAUUAGACAAGCUACUGUUUUGUUUGGAUUAAGUACUGCUAAAACUGUGGAUGAUCAUUGUGGUUUGGCUUUACCUUGGGAUCCUUUUCAACAUCUCUUUGGUAACAAUGCAGAUUAUCAUGAUAUUCAUCAUCAACAAUUCGGAAUCAAGAAAAACUUCUCACAACCUUAUUUUGUUCAUUGGGAUGUUUUACUGGGUACCAGAAUGACACGUAAAGAAGUUGAAGAUCGAUUUGGAAAGAAAUCAUCUUCAUCUUCUUCAAGAGUUACAUCGGUAGAAGUUCAUACUGAUGAACGUGAUGAUCAUAUGAUUACUACUACUUCUUCGUCUCCUGCUUCUGAUCUAUUUGAAUUUAAAGAUGAAUGAAACUUAUCUUAUGUUUACAAAUGUUUUUAAAAAAAAGAAGUCUUUGUUAUUCUCUAUGGAAUUGUCUUUUUUUUUUGUUUACAAUGAGCUUUUUUAGUUUUUUGAAUUUCUUUAUUAGCAUCAUUUUUUUUUGUUUGAUUGGCAGCGUAUUUUCUUCUUUAGUUUUUUUUUAUUUCGUUUGAUUUGCUUUUUUUUGUAUUAUCUUAUUUUCUUUUGAUUUUGAUUUUGCCUUUUUGCUCGUUAUUGAUAAUUAUAUAUUUUUCUUAUGAACUUAUCUUUUGUUUUUGUUUUUUUUGUUUUAAAUCUACAUGAUGCAAAAAAAAUGAAUUCUCAUACUAUUGAUUGUCCAAAAGUUGACUUUGAACGU